GAUUGCUGAUUCCAAAAUGGAGGUGAAGACGUCACUUCUAGACAACAUGAUAGGGGUGGGGGACAUGGUCCUGCUAGAACCCCUCAACGAAGACUCCUUCAUCGAGAACCUGAGAAAACGCUUCGACCACAAUGAGAUCUACACAUACAUCGGCAGUGUGGUGAUCUCCAUGAACCCAUACAGGUCUCUGCCUAUCUUCACACCAGAGAAGGUGGAGGAGUAUCGCAACAGGAACUUCUACGAGCUCAGCCCACACAUCUAUGCCCUGGCAGACGAGGCCUACCGUUCUCUGAGGGACCAGGAUAAAGACCAGUGUAUCCUCAUCACAGGAGAGAGUGGAGCUGGAAAGACCGAGGCCAGUAAGCUGGUGAUGUCAUAUGUGGCGGCGGUGUGUGGGAAGGGCCAGGAGGUGAACAAGGUGAAGGAGCAGCUGCUGCAGUCAAAUCCCGUGCUGGAGGCUUUCGGGAAUGCUAAAACUGUGAGAAAUGACAACUCAUCCCGAUUUGGAAAAUACAUGGACAUUGAGUUUGACUUCAAAGGAGACCCUCUGGGUGGAGUUAUUAGCAACUAUUUGUUGGAGAAGUCCAGGGUUUGCAAGCAGCCAAGAGGAGAGAGAAACUUCCACAUCUUCUACCAGCUUCUUUCUGGAGCUUCAGGUGACACCCUGACGAAGCUGAAGUUGGACAGAGACUUCAGUAAGUACAACUACCUGAGUCUGGAUUCAGCCACCGUCAAUGGACUAGACGACGCAGCAAGCUUUAGGACCGUCAGGAAUGCAAUGCAGAUUGUGGGCUUUAUGGAGGAUGAGGUGCAGUUGGUCCUAGAGCUGGUAGCAGCCGUCCUCAAACUGGGGAACAUUGAGUUCAAACCAGAGUCCAGGGUCAACGGCUUCGACGAAAGCAGGGUCAAGGACAAGAAUGACCUGAAGGAGAUGUGUGAGCUGUUGGGGAUUGAGCAGUCUGUGCUGGAGAGGGCUUUCAGCUACCGCACCGUGGAAGCCAAGAUGGAGAAGGUGUCUACCACACUCAACGUGGCCCAGGCCUACUAUGCCCGUGAUGCCCUGGCCAAAAACCUCUACAGCCGUCUGUUCAGCUGGCUGGUCACAAGGAUCAAUGAAAGCAUCAAGGCUCAGGCCAAAACACGCCACAAGGUGAUGGGAGUCCUGGACAUCUAUGGUUUUGAAAUAUUUGAGGACAACAGCUUUGAACAGUUCAUCAUCAACUACUGCAACGAGAAGCUUCAGCAGAUCUUCAUCGAACUGACGCUACGUGAAGAGCAGGAGGAGUACGUCAGAGAGGGCAUUGAAUGGACCAACAUUGAGUAUUUCAACAACGCCGUUAUCUGUGACCUCAUUGAGAAUAACCAGAAUGGUAUCCUGGCCAUGUUGGAUGAGGAAUGUCUCAGGCCAGGCACAGUGACUGAUGACACCUUCCUAGACAAGCUCAACACCAUCUGUGCUGAGCACCAGCACUUUGAGAGUCGCCUCAGCAAGAACUCCAAGUUCCUGACAGACCACAGCUUGCCUCACAGCUGCUUCCGCAUCCAACACUACGCUGGGAAAGUGCUGUACCGUGUGGAGGGCUUUGUAGACAAGAACAAUGACCUGCUGUACAGAGACCUGUCUCAGGCCAUGUACAAGGCCACCCACAGCCUGAUGAGACAGCUGUUUCCUGAGGGAAACCCUGCUAAGGUCAACCUGAAGAGACCCCCCACCGCAGGCUUCCAGUUCAAGGCCUCUGUAGGGGGACUCAUGAGGAACCUGCAGACCAAGAACCCCAACUACAUCAGGUGCAUCAAGCCCAACGAUAAGAAGGCAGCCCACAUCUUCACCGACUCACUGGUGUGUCACCAGGUGCGUUACCUGGGUCUGAUGGAGAAUGUGCGUGUGAGGAGGGCAGGCUACGCAUUCCGCCAGCCCUACGAGCCCUGUCUGGAGCGAUACAAGAUGCUCUGCAAGCAGACCUGGCCUCACUGGAGAGGACCUGCCAGGGAUGGAGUGGAGGUGCUGCUGACAGACUGUUCUGUUCCAGCUGAGGAGUUUGCAUACGGACGCUCCAAAAUCUUCAUCAGGAACCCCAGAACGCUGUUCACCCUGGAGGAGAGGAGAAGGGCGUGUCUGGAGGACCUGGCCACCCUGAUCCAGAAGAUCUACCGUGGGUGGAAGUGUCGUACUCAUUUCCUCCUGCUGAAGAAAAGCCAGGUGGUGGUAGCAGCCUGGUACCGCAGAUAUGCACAACAAAAGAAAUAUGAGAAGAUCAAGAGCGCUACACUAGUGAUGCAGUCCUUCACCAGAGGGUGGAAGGCCCGCAAGAUCUUGCGACAGCUGAAAUACGAGAAGAGAUGCAAGGAGGCAGUGACUACCAUUGCAGCGUACUGGCACGGGACUCAGGCACGCAGGGAGCUAAGGUGCCUGAAGGAGGAGGCCAGGCGUAAGCACGCCGUCGCCGUCAUUUGGGCCUACUGGCGGGGACUCCAGGUUCGCCGGGAGUACAGGAAGUUCUUUAGGGCCAACGCUGGCAAGAAAAUCUACUGCUUUAUCAUCCAGAGAAUUAUGCAGAAGUACUUCCUGGGUCUGAAGACUACCGUGCCCUCCAUGUCACCCAUAGACAACACCUGGUCGGCCCAGCCUUACAGCUUCCUGGAGGGAGCUCACACUGAGCUCAGGAGGAUCUUCCACCUCUGGAGGUGCAAGAAGCACCGGGGCCAGUUCACAGAGGAGAAGAAGGCUGUGUACGAGGAGAAACUGGAGGCCAGUGAGAUCUUCAAGGACAAAAAGGCUCUGUACCCUAGCAGUGUGAGCCAGCCUUUCAAAGGAGACUAUCUAGAGAUCCAUAAGAACCCUAAGUACCAGAAGCUGAACAGUGCCGUGGAGGAGAAGGUGCUACUGGCUGACGUGGUGAACAAGAUAAACCGGGCCAACGGCAAGGGGUCACCAAGGCUCUUCUUGCUGACCAAAAGCAACUUUGUCUUAGCUGACCAGAAGACAGGCCAGGUGAAGGCCAGCGUGCCGCUGCCAGACCUCACCAGCGUGUCGGUCAGCACUCAGAGUGACGGCUUCUUCGCCCUCAAGCUCAAAGAGGGCUCUGCAUCAGCUGCCAAAGGUGACUUCCUGCUAAGCAGUGAGCAUCUUAUUGAGAUCAUCACCAAACUCCACCGCACAGGGACCACCACUGCAGACAAGGACCUAAUCAACAUUGAUAUCUCAGACGAGUUCCUCGUUCAGUUCAAGCAGGACAAGGUAUGUGUCAAGUUCAUCCAGGGGGGGCCUAAGAACGGCACCAGUGCUUCCUGCAAGCGCAAGAACAACCGCCUACUGGAGGUGUCUGUGCCAUCAUCGCCAUAGAGACGACACAACCUCACUGAUAGGGUUGUCAUGACAGUUCACCAUCAGACCUAAACUCCAGCCCCACCCCCAAUGACUGUGCAAUUUACGCUACUUUUUGUUAUUUGUCAAUAUUAAUUUCCUCACUUUUCAGUUGUCCUCAAAGUACAUGUCUUCUCUGAGCUUUACUCAAUAUACAUGUAUGUACAAAUAAUUAUUCUAAACUUAUCUUUUUCAAUGUGUAAUUGAACAGUGUAGAUCCAUAUCCUUAUAAAUGUCAUUACUCAGACAAUAAUUCAGUGGUUUGGUGCACAAGGACCUCCCCUAUGCCCCUUAUGAAAGCUUGUGAUUGGUCAGAUGGACAGGAAGUUGUUAGAAUUGUCAGGAAGUUUCCAACCACCACAGGAAAUGAGAUGAACCCCAGGGUUCCCAAGCCUACCCUAUGCAAAGUAAAAAAAAAAAAAAAUAUUUAUCUGGAUUUUGCCUAUGGAAAGGAUGAAAUGCAUUGAAAUUGAAUGAAUAGAAUGGAAGUUCCAAUUCAAUCAUUCAUUCGUUCUAUUCAUUCUAUUUCUAUGUGUUUCUACUUAGCCGAUAGGCGAAAUCCAAAUAGAUAACUUGUGGAAAAACUGGGCCCAGAUGACUAUCCUAGAUUCCCAGAUUUAAGGCUGGUCAGUCUUUUUAGAGCCACGCGGCUGCUAGUUUUCAAUGGCCCUCUUGUGUGAAAUGUAAGGGAGAUUAGCUAUUUGCCUGGAAGGCUGCCUACGCUAGGCUACACCAUCUCUAGCAUUCCUCCUCCCUUUGGCCUGAGUAAAUCAGUAAAAGGACGCAGCAUGUCGACAGACGGAACACAAGAUUAAGUUCUACACUCUGAUAGACGUUUUCUCAAGCACAUGCUGUUGAGAGAAACACUCACUCACUGACUAUCAUACACAUCAGCUAUACAUAAGCUAAGACGUAGACCCAGCAUGGAUAGAGUAUGUAGGGGUAAAUUAUAGUGUCCUUAUGCUAGUUCUCUUAUUGCUGUGAUGCAGAAAUAUCUAUGCUGUUUUUGCCAUCACAAUGUAGGCAGUUACAUUUUUUGUAGCCCCAUUCUGGCUAAUAAUAAAUGCAGUGUUUUUCUUGGGACUGGCCCCAGCUGUUUUUUGAGUGCAUAACGGCCAUAUAGUACAUUCUUGAAGUUUUUUCAGAAAUCUAGCAAUCACCGCUUUACUGUCUACUCUACCUGUGCACAGACUAUACUUUAUACACACACAAGCCAAUGUCCCUGAUCUUUGAAAUUUGGAAGUCUAUUGUAAUAUGAUAUUCUUUAUCAGGAGGUUUCGUGGGAGUUUGGACUGUUGACUUCAAAGUUAAACAAUUGGGUUCUCUGGUGGUGGAGGUUGUAGCUCAGCCAAACUGCUCUAGAUCACAUUCCUAUAGAUCCUGCUGGGGUAUUUUAAUUAUUUGUAAUUUCACAGAAAAACCACAGGUGGACUUUGAGGAAUGUUUUUUUCCUUGCACGGGGAGGAUGUUGUGCUAAAUCGAAUGAUGUUUGUUGCUUCUCAGUUCUGUACAGUUUGAGAUUUCAAUGCAGUUUGCUACAAGGUUAAUAACUCUCUCGCGCUUCUGUUUAUAUUUGAAGUAAAAUAUGAAAAUAGAAACGCAAAAUGAUGUAUGCAUUCUUGUCGUGUGCCUAAUGUAAGACAGAAAGAACAUGCAAGUGUUUCAAUAGUAUUCAAUGUAACACAUUUACAAGUAAUUUUUUUAAAUAAAAAAAAAGCAAUAAAUACUUUGACUUUG